AUGGAUCGCAUGUACAUCGGUCCUCGUAACAUUUUCGAUUAUUUAUUCAAUAAGUUUGCCGGAAAAACGGAUCAAAUGCACAUUGGACCAAAUUAUCAACCUUUCGUGCGACAUUUGCCUUAUCUUUGGAAAUAUCCGGUUACUGUAAUAGUGAGAUGGAAGGAGAAUCGGUCGAUUUUAAGAUUUAGCGAGAUUCAUAAUGCCAUGGGUAUUCACAUCCUCAUCGAAUGCAGCACGCGAUUUAGAUGUCAUCAUCCUCGGAUAGUUUCGAAAAGUGCAAAAUAUAUGGGAAGGCUCAAGUUGAAUCAGGAAGAAAUACGCUUUACUGAAACUAUUAAAAGUAAUGGGGAUCUAGAAAAGUGA